AUGUCAAAACUCGAGCUCAAUCUCGAAGGUUGGGGAGAGAAAAACCAACUAACGGAGAGUAUUGACACCAAUGCGCCCGUAUCUUCAGAGAGUAAAUCCAUAUCCCGAUUCGACGGCCACGAGUCCGGAUACAGCUAUGUCGGGACCACGGACUACAGUCAAGAAAAGGUAUUCCAAAUCCUGAACGACUAUUUUCAUCCCGACACGAAGACGCCCCUUGACUCCGCCGUCCACUCGAUUCUCGCGCUGUUGCCGGAGAAGGAGCCAUUGUCAACAGAAGUCUGGGACGUCGGCGUAGUCGUAUUGCAGCUUGCUGAGCAGAUACCCUACCACCAUCCUUCCCAGAUCAAAUUGGCCCGUCUCAUGGAGGAGCUUACUCGCUCGCCGAAAUUCACCACCGAACUAUCUGAAACGGAUGUAUGGUACAUGCGCGGCCAGCGUUUCAAGGAGUCACUGCGCGACUGGUAUAAUGGCCCUGGCGAGGACGCGCCGCAAGAGUGGCCGAAUCUCAACGCGUUCUUUGCACAUGAAGCAUCGACGCAUAUCUUACCUCAUCAACCCGACUUUGCCCUUUGGACGUUGCGCGAUGCAUUUGAGAAACCCGCAGAGCCGCUACAUUGGAGUGGCUCAUUUAAGGGCAUGCAAAAUCAGCAAAUCGCUUAUUCCAGAUUAUAA